GAAGAUAGAAUCAAUGAUUUGUCACAACAAUACAUCACGUGUUUAAAUAUGAAGGUCUCUCGCUAUAUAUUGAUGACAUUUAGUCCUACGAUUAAGGAGCCUGAUUUUCAGAUGCUUGGGUUUUUAUUUUCAGAUUUACUGAGGCUGUUAGAUUAACUUAGGAAGUGGUUGUCAUUUGUUACCCAUACUCUGAUUACAUGAUGAAAGUGAGUAGAAUUAACACCUCUAUUGGACUGUAUCGGGUACAUCUUGUUAUUUUUGCCUUCGUCAUAGUGAUAGCAACAUUGGCUUCAGGGAAUGAGAAUGAAAUAGACACAGACUUCGUACCCGACAAAAGAUAUGCUAUGAUGUCAUAUGGUUAUGGGUCACGUGGUAGACCUCGUCCUUCGUACCGCUAUUCAGGUAGACAAAGGGUUUCCAGCUCAUCGCGUCCCUGGGAACAACUUCCGGACUAUAAAUGCUACCGGAAGCGUUGCUCUACUUCCUCUGACUGCUGUAGAAGGUAUAAUGUGUGUGACCCCCAUGUGAAGGUCUGUUACGACUGCUGGUAUGGUUACAGUUGCCAAUCUUCUAGCGAUUGCUGUCAGAGAUACCCUCGCUGCCACCCAAGGAAGAAAUUUUGCUACAACUGACUGUUGCAAUAAAUGUGUAGUUUUAAAAGUCA